AUGUCUGCCUUCCGGAGUCUGGCCCGCGUCCCGCGCACCCCCAUCUUCGCUGCCCAGCGCAUGGGCUUCCAAACGUCGGCGCUGAGAUUCUCCGGCAAGGAAACAAAGCUUCACGAAGAGGGCCGUCCCCAGGAGGUCGAGGAGCACAAGCAGGACUCGUUGAAGAAGUCGAAGGAAGGCAAGGGUCACUGGAAGGACGAGCUCGCCUCUGACAGCGAGUCAAUUGUCAAGGCAGACCGCGGCGAGGUCGAGGCUUCGGAAGAGACUAUCAGCAAUCUGCAGAAGGAGACAGAGAAGCUGGCCCAACAGAAGAAAUAA